GGUAUCGGUUCACCUUAACGCUAGAACAUCAGGCCGAGGCAUACCACAGUAUGAUGGGGUUGGAGAUACAAGUGAUGAAGAUAUUGGCUAUGAUGAUGACGAUGAUGAUGAUUAUGAUAAUGAAUAUGACGAAUUAGAGGAAGAUGAGAUUGUAGAAGAAGAUUAUGACGAUGAAGUUGUAGAAGAUUACGGUGAUGAAAUUGUAGAAGAUGAGGAGAUUGAAGAAGAAGAGGAUGAACAGGAAGAGGAAGAUGAAAUCGAAGAGGAUGAAUGCUUUCCAGUUACAUCUGGCAAACGUAUACGUUUGGCACCGCAAGUUAUGGAAAAAAUGUCCAAGGUUUCCGUACAUCAUUCUGGCCAAUCACCGAAUCCCAGCACUGUUUGUACAACCCGAAGGUGGUUAUCUUGAAAAAUAAUACUACACCUAAUAUGCAAGGAAAUAACAAUAAAGCACGGAUAUUAUCAAUCCCAGCUACUGGUGGUCAACGAAUAAUCUUGCCAGCUAAGAUGAAUGGUCCAAAUAGUGGGGAGGAUUCAAUUACUGGGAUAUUUGCCAGCGAAAGAUAUGAAAGAAGACGGUCAAGUUUCAAACUUAUCUAAUCAACCGACAAAUCUGCCUCAAGGUUUACGUCUAGUAAGAAUUGUUCGAAACGCUGAUGGUGGGACUAAUAUAGUUCCUUUGUCUGCUUCUGAUAUAAUCCCGAAAACUGUUGAAUCAAAUGCUAAUAACAAAACUGCAGAAAGUCAAAUUACUGUGAGUUUAACGGGGACAGAGCAGGAAUCAGCAAGUAAAUUAAAUCCAUCUGACGGCAUUCGUGUGAUCUUAAACUCAAACAACGGUCUAAGCAAUGUUGUUAACCUACCCAAAUCAUCGGUUGUGCCUACAGAUUUGCAUGAAAUUCAGCCUACUAUUAUGUAUGCCUCUUUUCCAUCCGUCUCCGUUGGCAAUGAGUCGGUGAAUACUCCACUGCAACCAAUCACCAUUUCUACAGCUAGUUCACAAGUUGGUUUUCGACUUACAGAUCUGAUUACCCCAGUUACUGUCUCGAAUCCUGUAUUACUUCCUUCAUCACAUCAACCACUUACUGUAAACAUAUGUUCUACUGAUAAGCUGAAAACUCCAACUGCUAAUACUGCUGUUCGUUUUGUUAUUGCGCCUACAGCUAAUUCACUUGGGUUAACAAAUUCAACUCAGAUGCCCACUGUUACAGUGGUCAAAGCGUCAAACCAAUCAGAUUUACCUACGGACUCAACAAAAGUUGCAUCUACCACUUCAUCACUGCCACCAUUGCUUCCUCGGAAACCACCUGCUAUCCUUAGACGUACAUUGGCUGGGCCAUCACCCAGUCUACUUUUAUCUGUUAGUUCAUCAAACGAUCAAAUAGUCUCGCAACCUAUGCGUGCACCUUCAGUUGCAAGUCUUGUCGCUACAAAUACAGCUCGUCAACUUGUCUGCGGUGGUUUCAACCGCUACAUACCAACAGGACCCGCACGUCCAAUGAUAUCUGACUCUUCAACAGUUUUGGAUCCACAACAAGGAAGACGCUCAAUUUCCAAAGCUCAACUAACGCGUAAUACUCCUUUAGUAGAUGAAGAUCCUCGAUUUUUAAGUGAUCCUAAAGUUUUUGUUUCUGAAUAUCAAGGUACAUUCAGACAGUUCGUUCCCACAGUUAAAUUGCAGACUCCAAUCAUUGAUGAAGCUGCUCGUGCUUUGGAUCGUGCUGUAGCAGAAGCUAAUGCUAAAUUAGAAUCUAUUAAUGCUCAAAUGGCAUCAGUUCGAUCUGAUGCUCAUGGUCUUGAAACACAAAUUAAAUCAUUGAAGUCAGAAUUAAGCAAAUAUCAAGAGAUUGUCAAUCGUAUCUCACCAGCAGUUAGUGCACCAUACUCCCUAUCACUAUACAACAGUGCUGAUUUUGACUUAAACAAUAAAGCUUUUGUCAACAAAUUUUUUCGAUGCAAUAAAAAAACAAAUAUUGCUGAUGUUCCAGAAGAUAGUGAUUCUCACUUAGCUGUUUUACCAAAAUCUUUGCCUUUUGUGAACAGUUAUUCAUGGCCGGAAAAUGAUUGUGUUCAAAGUCAGUCCUUUAAUGAUAAACAGAAACAAAAUAUUGUGAUUCCAAAAUCAAAUUUAUUUCGGUUGAAUCCUCGCAAUUUACGUUUGGCAAUACUUUUCGCUGGACGUCGUGAAAUUCCAGGAUAUGAUGUUGAGAAAAAACGGCUAUCACAAGUGAACUGGCUUUAUCCAAGUUCUCGGCCUAAUUUUGCAGAAUGCUGGCGUUUUCGCCUCAGUCAAAUACGAAUUGGUCGUUGUGGUAGAGACAACAUUUCUUUUGGACUGGAUCUAGCUAAUUUUGCACUACUUCUACGUACAUUAUGGCACUGUAUUAGAUGGGAUGACAUUUUGGCUGAACCAGAAGAAGAUUCACAUACACUUGAUUCUUCUGGACGACCUUGUUUCAAAAAAACUUUGAACCAUGAGGAUGAUGAUGAUAACGACGAUAACGUUGGUGGUGGUUUUUCAGGGAGACAAGAUGAUAUGCCUUAUUCAGUGAGACGCAUCGUCGAGAUUCAACCCCUUGAUCGAUUUUGGCUACAGGCUAAUUACAAAUUACGUAUAACAACAACUCGUCCGAAUCGAUCAUAUGCCGGUCGUAGGAGAAAAGCUGCAGGCAUUUCGGAUCACUCAGUUAGAGGUAGAUCUGCGAGAGGUUCAUCACUUCAUGACUCUCCUGAAUUCGAAGAAUCAGCUCCGAGGAGAAAAGGUAGACGAACAGGUCAGAAAAAUGGUCAAACUGGAAAAGAUCCUGAUUAUGAUCCUGCAGUAGACGAAGGUUGGCGUGUAGGUAUUCCUUGUUCAACUACUUCUGGUCGUCGACAACCUCGUAAUAAUGGUCGUUCUUACGGCCGUUCUAACCGGGGUUCAUUUUACGACUCAGAAGACGACGAUCAAAAUGGAGAUUUUAACAGUAGUCGACGUGGUUUUCAGUCACAACGUCAUGAAGUGACCGUUGAAGAAAAAUGGAUGUCUGAAGAUGCCGUCUUUCCCUGGGAAAUACGUGUCUUUAUGAACGCUCUACUACCACCCAAAUCCAGUUAUCCUCCUGUCGAUAAUAAUUCAGAUUCGAAAGCUGAUUACUCUAGGAAAAAUCAAUAUAUCAUCUCUGCUCGAUUAGCUUCACUUCCUCCAGGUCCAAGUCCAGAUGAAUCGAAUACAACUGCGAUGCAGAAUAAUCUCGUGCUAUCCUCAGCAAAUACUGAAUGCUGCAUGGAAAAGGAUGGUUUCUUAUAUGGUCAAUCGAAGGCAGUUGUAUCUAACAGCACUUCUUCACGUCGUUCUGCCUUAGCUUCAGCACUUCAAUUUGGUCGUACUCCAGGCUCUUCUAGAAAUCGAACUGAUGAACAUUCAAUCAACAAUAUUCCACGUCCUCUUUCACCGAAUACACUGGAGGCUAAAGCCAGAGCUCGAUCAAUAGCUGCUACAAAUGCUGCCAGAGCAUCUGUUGCGGCUAGACGAGCAAGAUUUGAGCGAGCACUAUUAGAACAACGUGUACGCUCCCUGAAAUCUCAGUUUUGUUCACGUAAACGUUUGAUCUUCAAUUGGGCCAAAUCACUUGCGGAUAUUGCUGUCAAUGAAAUCAAAGGUGCCCAUUUGGGUACUAAAACAGAACAACCAAUUGAGGAUCCUGUAGAAGUUGAACAAAAAACAUUACAUCAUAUUGCUAAAAAGUCUACUGUACGUAGAGGUCGACCGCCUGUCAGUCGUCCGAAGUCACCAACGAUAUUACAGAAGAAAAAACCUGGUCGCCCUAAAAGCACAGUACAUAAUGACAGUAAAAAUGCUCUUAACAAUAAAAAGUCAAAACGAAAAAUUUCUUCUAUCUCUUCAUUAUCAUCUGGUGAAGAAAACGUGAAUCCCGAUUCUGAUCCCUUAACAGACUAUACCGAUGCAGGAGAUCAGGAAAUUGAACCCGAAUGGACACCAGCUGGUCCUACUAGCCAUCUCAAGUCUGCAAGUAACCGACCUCCUCGAAAAAGUGCCCUUAACCAUGAAUUUAUUAAGUCAACCAAAAAUAGUGCUUUGAAGACUAUUCAGUCAGUAAAAUGUCCGGACAGGAGUUCGAAAGCUUCGUUAGCAAUAAAGGCUUCUCUAAAAGAAUCUAAUAAAUCGUUAGCAUCUGAAAAGGACAGUGAUGUUACUAGCUGCUGUUCCACACCUAGCACAUCACCUGGAUUAGGAGAUUAUGAUAACUGUCAACAAAAAUCUGAAGUGAUAAGUCAGAAAUCAGUGGUGAAGGAUAGAGCAAGUCAAUCCUACCCCAAGAAAACAAAGAAAUCUAGACAUGAAUCAUCGAAUUCGGAUGCGAGUGGACGGAACGACAAUGUUUCAGUUCGUGUGAAAUCCCCACACUCAUCUUCAGCAGGUGGCUCUAAUCGAGGACGUGGUGGCGGUGGUGGUCGUCGUAGAGGACGACCUAAGUCUACAGAUGAGUCAGAUAAGAACGAAGCCCCAUCUGAAUUGACUGUCAAUAUUCCACGUAGUGUACCUUCAUCUCCCUCUUCUGCAGCGUACUGCAUUUGUAAAACUCCAUAUGAUCCAUUGAGAGAAUAUAUUGGCUGUGAUUUGUGCCGGGAUUGGUUUCACUUUGAAUGCGUUGGCCUAGACUCCAAAGAUGCAGAUAAAUUAGGUGACUCUUGGCACUGUCCAGAUUGUAAACAGGCUGAAUUGCAAGCGAAUGAAAUGCUGUAUUGUGUUUGCCGUACACCCUAUGAACCAACAAGAGUAUAUAUUGCAUGUGAUGGAUGUGAUGAGUGGUAUCAUCCAGAGUGUGUUGGUUUAACGCCUGAAGAAGCUGUUAAUCAUCCGGACACAUACCUUUGCCCAGCAUGUCGUGAAUCAUCACAGCGUAAAAGCAGCAUCACAACAAAAAAGUUGAGUGGUAGAUCGAAGAAAUCCAAAUUAUCCAGUAGUGAUGAAGCGGAGUAUACUGAUCAACCCGGCGCCAAUACUAUCUAUGCUACGCAUCUCACUUCAGAUAGGAUAGAAGGACUAGUUAAUUUAAUUGAAGAAAUCAAAAAGCAUAAAAUGUCAUGGCCAUUUAUAACUACUCCAGAUCCGGUGAAGUUUCCUGUGGCUCAAUCUUUAGAUGAUGCAUUUAAUCUGCCUUCAGUCAUAUCAAAUCUGAAAACAGGAGUCUACAAAACUUUGGGUGAUUUCUCAUUUGAUAUGAAUCGUCUAUUCGCUAGUUCCCGUUUAAUAUAUCCUAAGGAUACUCCAGAAUUUAAUUGUACUGAAAUAGUUGAAGCGCUAUUUGUCCAGAAAAUGAAACAGUUCAAAGAGACAUUAUAAUCUUGGAUACAUGAUAUACAUAUUUUUCUUACACCAAAAGAAGCAAGGAAUAUAUUUCCGGACGGAAAAUCAACUUGACACUACUGAACAGCUGCAGCUGAUGAUUGUAUGUAUAAACAAAUUUAUGUACACAUUAUUUUGCUAUCUAUAAUCGUUACGUAUGUAUAUGUUUUCUCCGCGCAUGUGCCGUAAUCUAUUCAACGCGUUAAAAAACUUUUGACUGUCUGUUUCGUUAACUUUACAGAUAUUUAAGAGUAUCACUACUGAAUCUAUCAGUAUCAGUAAUUAAAACUUAUUGUAAAUUUUUAUGACAUUUUUGUUGAUUUUUCAGUCUCCGGGAGUAUUUUAUAACUUCCUUUUUUCUAUUACAGAAACUUUUUUCUAGCAUUUAUUUUGAUUGUAUAUUCUCUUUUCUUCACCCUACUGUUUGUUAAUGUACAUUAAAAUCUGAGAACUUGUUUUUUCUGUAAGCUCCAUGAAUAUAUUUUGUAUAUGUGUGUAUGCUUGAGCGUGAAUGUUAACUACUUUCCUUUGUCCUCGAUUAACUGAAAUCCAAACAAUCAUUUGGUAUUGUUUUGUUGAUAUAUUUACUAUUGGCUCUUUUUUUUCUGUUUCUCUUCAUCAUUUAAUCUCAUUUUGUAUAUGUACACUAUCAGUAUAAUGAUGAUGUUCGAAGAUCAAAACAUAUCUAUACAGAAAGUAUGUAUACUUACUCCUUCUGUACUCAUUCAUCAACGUACACACACACACACACACUUCUACUUGAUGUAUGUUGAUAUAAUCUCUAACAUUCAUUGAUUGUUUCAUUCCUUACUUAAUAUGGAGAAAGAUAAUAUUUAUGUAUAAAAAUGUGUUUAUAUAAGAAGCACUGUCUAGUUUUCAUGCAAAUUUCGUUGGUAAUAUUCCCAAUUACUUGUCAAUGAGGUAAAUUGUUCGGUUCAGAUGACGUUUUUGUGAAAAAGAAGGAAGAAGUGCGACGCAGAUAGCAGAAUCAACUGAUAUUAUUCGAACUAGGUCUGCACAAUGCGAUACGUAAAUGAAUAAUUGGACGGUAGCACGAUAAACUGGUCUUUAUUUACCAAAGUAACCUCUAGUAAAUCAUAACAACGCCAAAGAAAGCAGUGACUGGCUGUGUAAACUCCGCAUUCCGACUGAUGAUAAUACAAAGCAAGUUUUAGCACAGUAACUUUGAAGAUGGAUUGGUUUCCAGUAGCCAAUUUGUAGAGAUGCGAGUCUGACAAAAAGUGUUCAAUGUUAUCUGGUUUUGUAUUCAAGUGGAUAAGUGAUACUGGCAUAAGUAACCAAUUGACGAAUGAUUAUGACUAUUCUUAGCUUGUAAAUACUAACGUUAGCAUUAACUGUUGUCUGAAGAAUAAUCUGUACUUUGGACUAAAAUAAAUGCUUUCUAAUUGC